AUGGCGGAAAAGGUGGUGAAAGAAUGUUGCCUCGUCCCGUUGUCCGGCGCGCACCCAUCGAUCGUCAUCAAAUCGGAGCAAAUGAUGGUCGGUCGCAGCCCGCAAACGUUAAUACAGGAUCCGAAUUGUUCACGUAACCAAGUUUGUUUGAGGGCGUACGCUGAGGAUGCUUACGUGCUGGUGAAAACGCUCGGCCUCAAUCCCUCGGUGCUGAACGGCAAGUCACUGCAAAGGAACAUCGGCUACGAGGCGUACGAUGGCGACGUGAUUGAGCUGCUGCCAGGGGCGCAUAAGUACAAAUUUGUGUUCAAAUACGAAGAACCUUGCAAACGACCCGAUUUGGGAGAGGUGGAGAAGAAAACACAAGGCGUCACCAGCACCGGUGCAUUGGAGAAUCACAAGGAACGCAAAACCGCCGGAUCUGCUAGCAAGCGGCCACGCGAAGAACAAUCAGCAAAGGAAGCGAUUGGCGACGGGCACGACCAAGCGUCAAAGAAGCGCACCAAGGAGGACAAACCGUCGUCCGAGGACGCACAUCGCGAUUCAUACGGAUCGCUAAAACCCACGACGAGCGGUGUUUGGGAAUCGCUGGACAAGAAACAGUUGCACGUCUACACGAGCGCCGGUGUCGUGGCAUCAACGAAAAUUGCCGCCUACGACAUGGACGGAACGCUUAUCAAAACGCGUUCCGGCAACGUGUUCCCGAAAUCGAUAGACGAUUGGCAGAUUGCUUUCCCGGAGGUACCCGGCAAGCUGAAAUCGCUCAACAAGUCCGGCUUCAAGCUAGUUAUCCUCACCAACCAGGCGGGCAUCGGCAAGGGAAAGCUACGUAUCGAGGACUUUCGUCAAAAGAUUGAAUCGUUAAUCCGCAAACUGGGCGUUCCGAUGCAAGUGUUCAUCUCGACCGGCUCCGGAAUUUACCGUAAGCCGAGGACUGGCAUGUGGCGUACCCUUUGCGAGCAAAAGAACGACGGUGUCCCCGUUGAUAAGGGACGCAGCUUUUACGUGGGCGAUGCUGCCGGCCGGCCUGAGGUUAAAAAGCCCUUCAAGCGAAAGAAAGAUCACUCCUGUGUAGAUCGGUUGCUUGCCCUAAACUUGGGCGUUCCUUUUUUGACACCCGAACUGCACUUCCAAAACAUGCCCGAGGCCCCAUGGACCACGCCGGAGUUUGAUCCGAAGGAAGUUUGUGAAGCUGGGGCUGGUUCGGCUCUGCUCUGGCCACCGGGCGCUAAGCUAACCAGCAUGGCUCAGGAAGCCAUCAUCAUGGUCGGGUUUCCUGGAUCCGGGAAAAGCCACUUCGCUCGCCAUCAGCUCGUACCGCACGGCUACGAGCUCAUCAACCGUGACACGCUCGGAUCGUGGCAGAAGUGCGUGGCAAGUAUGGUGGCUGCGCUGAAGCAGGGAAAGCGCGUCGUGAUCGACAAUACGAACCCGGAUGCGGAGAGUCGCAAGCGAUACCUGGAGGUAGCGGCGCGAGCGAACGUCCCCGUGCGGUGCUUCGUGAUGGACGUGAGCUACCGACACGCACGACAUAAUAACGAAUUCCGUGAGCUAACCGAUCGCUCGCACUCGUCGAUGUCGGACAUGGUGUUCCAUUCGUACAAGUCCAAAUUUCAAGAACCAUCAACACAGGAGGGCUUCAAAGAAGUAGUUAAAGUUAAAUUCAUUCCGAAGUUCUCCUCCACGGAUGACGAAGAGCUGUACCGAAUGUUUCUGCUGGAAAAAUAAUGCUGAGAUUUCGGUCCGUUUGCUGAAGUUGUUUGUAAUUUUUGUAAGAUCUGUCACAUGUAAUCUUCUUCUUCUAUACAUAUAAAAGAA